GUUUUGGAAAAUGAAACUUAACUCACAUCCUCACUGGAAUCCAGUUUAACAGCAUCAGUCCGACCAGAUUACAUUUGAGUUGCGAAUCGACAGCGAUACUUGUCGUUGUUUAAAGAUGGAGAAGAGUUACACACUCAGUCAACAUUAUGAGGAAAAAAUUCGCCCUUGCAUCGAUAUUAUUGACAAUUUGCGAUCUUUGGGAGUGGAGAGGGAUCUGGCGUUGCCUGCCAUCGCCGUCAUAGGAGAUCAAAGCUCGGGGAAAAGCUCUGUUCUGGAGGCAUUAUCUGGCGUAGCUUUACCCAGGGGCAGCGGCAUUGUAACAAGAUGCCCACUUGAGCUCAAGAUGAUACGAUCUAAGAAUGAUGAAUGGCAAGGAAAAAUCAGCUACCAAGGCUAUGAAGGAGAUAUUGAUGACCCAGCAGUUGUAGAGAAAGAGAUUCGUAAAGCCCAGGAUGAGAUAGCUGGAUCAGGGCUUGGUAUAAGUGAUGAUCUCAUCAGUCUGCAGAUCAAAUCUCCCAAUGUUCCUGAUCUCACGCUCAUUGACCUGCCUGGGAUCGCACGAGUGGCAGUCAAGGGUCAACCUGAAAAUAUUGGAGAGCAGAUCAAAAGAUUGAUCAGGAAGUUUGUUACGAAGCAAGAAACAAUCAACUUAGUUGUGGUGCCGUGUAACGUCGAUAUCGCGACCACAGAAGCAUUGCAGAUAGCUCAGAGUGAAGAUCCUGCAGGCGAGAGGACUUUAGGCAUCUUAACAAAGCCAGACCUGGUGGAUAAAGGCACAGAAGAGACCGUGAUCGACAUUGUGCACAAUGAGGUCAUUCAUCUCACUAAAGGCUACAUGAUCGUCCGGUGCAGAGGACAGAAAGAGAUUUUGGACGAGGUCACGCUCGGUGAAGCCACAGAAACAGAGAAGGCCUUCUUCAAAGACCAUCCUCAUUUCAGCAUGCUGUAUAAUGAAGGUGUUGCAACUAUUCCCAAGCUGGCUGAGAAACUAACAAUUGAGUUAGUUCAUCACAUUGAGAAAUCCAUGCCUCGGUUAGAGGAGCAAAUCGAGGCAAAGCUAGCCGAGACACAGAAGGAACUGGAGGCAUACGGUACUGGACCACCAUCAGAACCCGCGGAAAGACUUCGCUUUCUUAUUGAUAAAGUCACAGCUUUUAUUCAAGAUACAUUUAACUUGGCAACUGGGGAGGAGGUUAAAUGUAAUUCAGAGCUCAUCAUUUUUCAAGAGCUUCGGGAUGAAUUUGCACGAUGGAAGUUGCUCUUGGAUCGUUCAGGAGAUAACUUCAACAAGAAGAUUGAGAGAGAGGUCGAUAACUUUGAAGCCAAGUAUCGAGGGAGAGAGCUUCCGGGUUUCAUCAAUUACAAGACUUUUGAGAAGCUGGUCAGAGAACAGAUCAAGACAUUAGAGGAACCUGCAUUAAAAACACUCAAGACCAUCUCAGAUGUGGUUAGAAAGAAAUUCGUCCAAAUGGCCAAUUGCAGUUUCAUCGGAUACCCCAAUCUUCUUAAAAUCGCAAAGACUAAGAUUGACGCCAUCAAGCAGGAGAAAGAAUCUCUGGCCGAGUCCAUGUUGAGGACUCAAUUCAAGAUGGAGCUUAUUGUUUACAGUCAAGAUGGCACAUACAGUCAAAGCCUUCAGUAUACAAAGAAGAAAGUGGAGGAGGAGGAGGAGGAGGAAAUUGCACAACGUAACCCUAAGCAGUCUCACCGUAUCGCUACACCUACAUUAUUUGGAAAUGCAUUAGUUACCACUGACUGUCAUGCCACCUUGCGCGAGAUGAAACUUCAUAUUCAGUCUUACUACUCUAUUGCCAGCAAGCGUCUAGCUGACCAGAUCCCAAUGGUGAUCCGCUACCUGCUUCUCCAAGAGGCUGCGGUGGAGCUGCAGAGAAACAUGUUGCAAUUCCUGCAACAGAAGGAUGCUGUAGAUGAUCUGCUUAAGGAGGACUACGACGUCGGCCAGAAGCGGGAAAAUUUACUUAGCCGCCAAAGACGUUUAUUGAAGGCGCGACACCUGCUGAUUACCUUCGGUUAAUGUAUAUUGCAAUAUUUUAAUGCGCACAAUCAUAUAAUAGUGGUGGAGAAAAAUGUCACAGCAUGAGUAGUAAACAGUUGCUUUAAUUCAUAGACAUUAAAUCGUAUAAAUUCUAUUGUUGUUUUAAUAUCUUUUAAAAACAUUUACAUUGCAAUACUUUUUAUUUUCCAGAAUGUACUGUUAGACAUAUUUAUUUUGCACGAAUGCUGCAUUAAAUAAUCAACUUUC